AUGGCGGUGGCAGAGGCGCAGUGGGCUGUUUCAUGGAUCACGGCAAAUUAUAUAAACUGGAGGUAUGUUGGUUUGUUUCGGGAACCUCUCCGCAGUACAAUUGCCUUACUGUCCUCUGUACAAUUGCAUCCAACUCAAACCAAUACUUCAAAACUCCAAAGGAAAAAAAAAAUGUCUUCUGCCUCUAUUAGAACCAACUCUGCUCUUGUCUCCAACCAAGUCGUUGCCGCUUCCUCUGUUUCGAACAGCAUUCGCACAAACUCUGCUCUGGUGUCUGCUGACGUCGUCGCCGCGUCUUCUGUCAGAGCCAGUGCCAGUGGCAGCAGUUCCAGAUCGAGCUCAAGAUCAUCCGAGGCUAGCAGGUCUGCCUCUAGGUCUGCCUCUAGCUCCGCCUCGUCCACUUCCGCUAGGGCCUCCAAGAACGCAGCUGCCAUGGGGCUGGUCGCAAACCCAAUCUCCUGGAAGUACGGUGUCGCUAUGGCUGGCGCCAUCGUCGGUUCGUUUGUUCUGGGUGCUGGUAUCUAG